UUCCCAUCACUACUUAUUAUUUUUGGAGACGCCGGGGUUAAUAUUUUUAAAUUUUCGGAAAAUUUAUUCGUGUAUUGAUAGAACGCUGCACGAUGGCAUCUUUAGAAUUAUUAACUCCACAUUUAUCUAAAAUUAAUAACCCGAGACCGCAACAGCUCGUUUACAAGGACGAAUGUGUAUAUUCCUUCGAUAAUCCGGAGAGUGAGACUGGGCUAUAUGUAUCGCUCGUGUCAUUCCUCGGCUUCGGUCGCAAUUAUGUGGAGCAGUACUUCCAGAAGACGGGAAAUGCCGUCUUUCUGCACAUCAAAACAGAUAAAGAACUGGCCCCGGAGCCCGAGCAGACGGGAGACGGCCCAGAGAAGAAGAUCACCCGCCUGGCCAUAGGAGUGGAAGGAGGCUUCGACCCUGACGCUGGGAGGAACAAGUACAUCUACACAGAGCAUCACAGUGUUGUGGUGCUGCCAGGGUUCCAUACGUAUGCGUGGCCCAAUGACGCGCUGCCUGAUGUGGUGAAGAAGUCGGUGCAGGCGGUGAUCGAGGCGGAGUCCCCGUUCAAGCUGGCGGAGAUGGCGGCGCUGGCGGGCACGUGGGACGGCGAGCAGCGGGAGGUCUCCGCACACGCGCUAGAUCUGAAACAACUGGACAACGGCGUGAAGGUCCCUCCCUCGGGCUGGCAGUGCGCCAAGUGCGAGCUCACCACCAACCUGUGGCUCAACCUGACGGACGGCUCCAUACUCUGUGGAAGGAAGUUCUUCGACGGCUCGGGGGGAAACGAUCAUGCGGUGGAACACUACAAGCAGACCGGCUACCCUCUAGCGGUGAAGCUGGGCACUAUAACGGCGGACGGCUCGGGCGACGUAUUCUCGUACCCUGAAGACGACAUGGUGCAAGACCCGCUUCUGCGCGCGCACCUUCUCCACUUCGGCAUCCGAGUGCAGCAGCUCGAGAAGACUGAAAAAUCCAUGGUGGAACUCGAACUGGAGCUAAACCAGCGCAACCUCGAGUGGUCCGCCUUACAGGAGUCGGGCAGCGCCCUGGUGCCGCUCAGCGGGCCGCGGCUGACCGGCAUGCGCAACCUCGGCAACUCGUGCUACAUCAACAGCGUCAUGCAGGUGAUGUUCCGCAUCCCGGACUUCAUCCGGCGGUUCGUGGACGGCGCGCCGGACAUCUUCGGCACGUUCCCCGACGACCCCGUCAACGACUUCAACGUGCAGACUGCGAAGCUAGGCGUGGGCCUCGCCUCAGGGCGCUACGCCGAGGGCGUGGCCCCGCACAUGUUCCGGCAGCUGGUGGGCCGCGCGCACCCCGAGUUCGUCUCCAAGCGCCAGCAGGACGCGCACGAGUUCUAUGCGCACUUCCUUACGCUUACUGAGCGCAACAGCCGCAACAAGCCCAACCCAGGCGAGUGCCUGCGCCUCGUGGUCGAAGACCGAGUCCGCUGCGGCGCCACCGGCCGAGUCCGCUACACGAGGCGCACCGAACAACAUGUUCCGCUGCCCGUGCCUCUAGCUGAAGCGACCAAUUUGGAUGCGGUUAGAGCGAGCGAGCAGAAGAGGAGUGAGGCUGAAGCUAAAGGACAGCAUUUCGACCCAUCACAAAUCGUCCGGCCGCACAUCCCGUUCCAGGCGUGUCUAGCCAGCUUCCUGCGCGAGGAGGCUGUGGAGCAGUUCUACAGCACCGCCGCCGACGACAAGGUCACCGCGCACAAAAUAACCCGUCUGGCGACGUUCCCCGACUACCUGCUGGUGCAGCUGAAGAAGUUCACCAUCAAGGAGGACUGGACGCCCGCCAAGCUCGACGUCAGCGUCGACAUGCCGUGGGAGGUGGACCUAAGCUGCCUGCGCGGGCACGGGCAGCAGCCGGGCGAAGAAUUACUUCCAGAGAGCGCGCCGGCCGAGCAGCCGCCGCCGACGUUCGACGAGGCGCUCCUGGCCGAGCUGUUGGACAUGGGCUUUCCACUAGAAGCUUGCAAGAAGGCUCUCUACUUCAGCAACAACGGCGGGCUGGAGGCGGCGUCGCACUGGCUCAUGGAGCACAUGACCGACUGGGACUUCGGACACCCCUUCCAGCCGCCCGCCGCCGCCGCCGGCGCCGCAGCCGCCACCGCCAACAUCGACGAGACCAGCAUAUCCCAGAUCAUGGGCAUGGGCUUCACCCGGCCGCAAGCGCUCAAGGCGCUCUCCGCCACCGGCGGCGCCGUGGACCGCGCCGUGGACUGGAUCUUCAGCCACGCGGAUGAACUGGACGCUCCGGAUGCGGCGCCGCCGGCCGCUGAUCCGGCGCUAGGGUGCAGGGAUGGGCCGGAGAAGUACAAGCUGGUGGCGUUCAUCUCGCACAUGGGCACGUCGUCCACGGUGGGCCACUACGUGUGCCACGUGCUGCACGACGGCCGCUGGGUCAUCUUCAACGAUGAGAAGGUGGCGCUCUCCGAGAACCCGCCCAAGGAUCUCGGCUACCUGUAUCUAUACGAGCGACUGUGAUAGACGUACUUAGACCUAUGAGGACCGACUUGUACCAAAUAACGCUGGCGGGAAUGUGCGGUUAGCAAAAGUUAUAGGACACUGACUUGAGCCCUAGACUAAUGAUAAAGAAAACGAUAAUUAAUUUUACCUGACUAAACAACUAUGCUAUUGAAAAAAUAAAGUUUCCUACAUCAGUUAUCGCUUGAGAAUUUUUCCGGGGCUCCUGUAGUGUGAAUAGGAUAUUAAACAUGUUAACUCAUUGGAUAGCCUUCAUCUAAUACAUUUAUUGUAGAUUCUCAUAUGUAAGUGGCUAAUUAGUACAUAUCUUUUUGCUGACUGUGCAUGCUGAGAGACUGGAAUGAGUAUGUUUAUUGUACACAUGGUGUUUUAAUAUAAACUACUUUUUAGAAAGUAUUUAUUUCAUAGAUAAAAGUAUUUAAAGAUUUUCAAUAUUAGAAAAAUGAAAUUGUUACUUGUGUAAUUUAUAAUGAUAGGAAUGUAUUUUUUUCACUAAAUUGUUGCAUUUUAGUUGUAUUUAUUGAAUCUUUAGUGGUCUAAAAGCAAUUAUGUGCAUUUAAGUUGUGACAAUAUUGUAUUUUAUACUAAGACUUAACAUGAUAAGCAAGUGGUGGAAUCAAUGUGUUUUCUGUCUAUUACUGCUAAGUUGAACUCAAUUUCGUCAUGUUAAGGCAACGAAGACUUAAAAAUAAAUUAUUACUGAAGUGCUCUCUGGUA